GAAGCGCCGCAUAUUCCAAUGUUAUUUCUGUGCGGUGGGCUUUGUAUGUUCUGUGAUGUUGUUUUGAUUUUGUUUGUUUUUUUUAGUGAACUCUUUAUAUUGCCCCCCCGUUUUAAAACCCCUAUCUAAUUUAUUUCUGUAUUUAUAUUACUAUAUUAGGCCCAUAACCGAAGCGGGGCCGAGUUUGUUGUUUUCCGACCCGAUUAAAUGUUUAUUCAAGAAUGCUAAGGGACACAUCCAGUCCUCAAAUCGCUAAGCAGGACAUCGGAAAAACAGCAUUAAAUACAACACGUGCUCUGGGAUGGUGAGAUGGAGACGGGACAGAGAGAGAGCGAGGAGCCAGAGGUGAAGCAGUGUGAUCCAUCACUGCCGGACAGCCACAAUCAAGCUGGUUGUGAAGAUUCAGAAGCUCUUCCUUAUCACCGUACGGCAGCAGUCCUGGGGGAGUCUAUCCCAGACGGAGACCAGACGGAGGAGGAAGGAGCAGGUACCCAAACAGAUGAACUAGAAGAGACUUCUGUGACGGAGGGGCAGAGAUCAAGUUCGCUGGACCCAGAGGGCGAUCCCGAAGAGAAAGCGGAACGUGAUGGGACGCUUAAUCGUGAAUCUGAACUUCCUGAACCUUCAGGGAACGGGGAAGAACCCGAGGGGGAUGCGUGCGUCGCCCCGAAGGCCGGGGAGUUGUCGGACUCGGGUUCCACCGAUAACACCCUGGAGGACUCGGGCGAGUUCACGGAGACCUGCCCGGUGGCUGUGUUGGCCGGUGCCGCGGAGGAGCUGGGCAGCGGGGUCUCCGAGCCCGGCGCGCCCCCUCUCUCGCACCGCGACGAGGACGUGACGGCAGAGAGCUGGCGGGGGCACAGGAAGCACGUGUUCGUGCUGAGCGAGGCGGGGAAACCCAUCUACUCACGCUACGGAAAUGAAGAGGCGCUGUCUUCCACCAUGGGGGUCAUGAUGGCCCUGGUGUCCUUCGUUCAGAGUGGGGACAACCUCAUCAGAUCCAUCUACUCUGAGGACCACAAGGUGGUGUUCAUGCAGCAGGGUCCCCUGGUCCUGGUCUCCGUGUCCCAAAGCCGGCAAUCAGAGCAGCAGCUCCGGCAGGAGCUCCAGUACGUGUACUACCAGAUCAUCAGCAUGCUGACGCAGGCCAGCGUGACCCGUAUCUUUGAGCGCAAGAAGAACUACGACCUGCGCCGGCUGCUGGCCGGCUCCGAGAAGAUCCUGGACGGCCUGCUGGACCUGGUAGACACCGACCCCAGCUUCCUGCUCUCUGCCGUGCGCUGCUUGCCCCUGGCCUCCUCCCUGCGUGACUCCCUGAGCCAGACCCUGCAGAAAGCCAUCACCCCCAACCUGGUGUUCUCCAUCCUGAUCGCCAAGAGCCAGCUGCUGGCCAUCGUUCAGGAGAAGGCCGUCAUCGAAGACGCCAGGCUGGAGCCGGCUGACCUCCACCUGCUGCUGAACCUCAUCGGGGCCUCCUCCGCUUUCCAGGCUGGGGAGAUUUGGACUCCCAUCUGCCUCCCCCUCUUCAACCCUGACGGCUAUUUCUAUGCCUACAUCUCGUACCUGGACCCCCCGCAGUGCACAGUCUGCCUCCUGCUGCUGUCUACCGACAAGGAGGCUUUCUACUCGGUGGCGGAGUGCAAGAGGAAGAUCGAAGACGGCGUGCGGGCUCAGAACGCUCUGCGGGCCGUGGAGGAGGCUCGGGCCUACAGCGUGACGCAGGUGGGCGUGCCGGACCUCCGACACUUCAUGUACAAGCCCUUCGACGUGCCAGAGAACCACAAGCAGCUCACGCAGUUCACCAGCCCAGAGAUGGAAGCUCCGUACAGCACAGAGGAGGAGAGGGAGCGUCUCUUUGACCUGUACCGCUACCUGCACAGCUGCAUCCACAGCGCCACCCGACCGCUCAAACUCCUCUACCACGUCGCGGAGAAGGAGACUCUGCUGGCCUGGGUGACCAGUAAGUUUGAACUGUACACUUGCUUCAGCCCUCUGGUUACCAAGGCCUCUGCCAUCAAUGCCAUCACCAAACUGCUGCGCUGGAUCAAGAAAGAGGAGGAGCGUCUUUUCAUCCGCUACCCCCCCAAAUACUCCACCACCCCCAACCCCAGCAAGAGCUCCUGGGGGGGCAAGGGGGGUUCUGACAGACAGGAGACCACCGAAAACGGCUUCCUCUCCCUGCCGUAGGGCCCAGGACUGCAGAGCCCCUUUCUCAUUGGCUAAAAACCAGGCUUUCCCACCUUCCUAAUCCUCUUAUAGGAUAAGGACUGAUUCUGCCCUGUUUUCUAUUGGAUGAAUCGGCUUCCCUUGCCUGCUAUUGGAGGAGUGCUUGGUUCGCAGUGGCGAAAGGCGUGACUUGAACGCCUAUUAUAGGGCCUCCUUGGCUGUGAUUGGCUACAGACCUGGCCACCUUUCUGGGACACAGUGGGUAAUGAAUUGUGAUUGGUUGAGUGUGUUUUUUUGUGCCCCCCCUCAUUCUUUUAUAGGUCGAUUAACUGUAGCACUUAGCCCGAUCUUUUCCAAAAUAUACUUUCUCAGUGAUUUGCCUACCAAAAAAAACCCGCGGUGCUUGAAGAUAAUAGAAUCCAGGGGUUUGAUAAUGAAACCAGGGUCUGAGUCCUAGCUCUGAGUAAUGCCUAAAGUCUUGGGAGAGGAAGAAGCAGGUGCUAAAUGCAAACAGGCAGGGAGGUGCAUCUCAGGAACGUAAGUUAAUCUGUUACGCGUGUGUGUGUGUGUGUGUGUGUGUGUGUGUUAGAGGUUGUAGCUGUUUCUUCAUACAAAUAUAUACAUUGUAGUUUAAUUUUUGUUUUAUAAUGGAACCAGGACUAUGUCUAUAGAAGUCGUUUUAUUUAAAUAGGCGCUGUGGUACAGAAUUAAUACACAUUGAUCGAAUCCUAUCGACUGACCCUGAUUUAGAAGUAAUCCAAGAUUAGUUUUAAUCAGAGUCUGUGAGGGGGGGGGGGGGGGGGUACUUUAAAUCCUUAUUCGGGCUGUUUUUUUUUUUUUUUCUUUUCAUGGUAAAAAUUGCAUAUUUUCACAAUCUAAAAAUAGGUAGAUAUUUCAAGAUUUUUAAACGUCGUAUUUAUUAAAGCAGGAAAAAAAAAAGUCGCCUUGCCCCGUUCAAAAUUGAUAAUUCUCUCUAAGGAACAAAUGUUCCGAAAUUAUUAAAAUGCUUGUCUGAAAAACAGUAAAUGCUCAUUUGUUUGUUAUGUCCACUUUUUAUUUCACCAUAAAAACAUGAAUAAAUGGAAAAAUAACACCAGACAUGUGAAAUGUCCCCUUCUUGUGAUGGACGGAGCGAUCUUCAGAAUCGUUUCCGAUCUUUGAUGCAGCUGGUGACUUUUCUGUUAAAGACAUUUUAAAAAUAUAUAUAUUUACAAUGCUUGAGUACAUUUCACUGUGAUAACUGGGGGGGGUACAGCUGUAUUAGAUUUUUCUUUGAGGGACAAAUCUAAAUUUCUAGGGGUCAGGGAGUCUUUUAAGCCCAUUUCACAAUGUACUUGUUCCCUCGCUUAUCGUCCUUCAUCAUUAAAUGUCCUGAGUGUGUUAUUUGACGCAGUUUCUUGCAUUCAACACAAAAAUGACUUUGUGAAAAAAUGGUCGCUAUUAAAUCGCUCUCAGUUGUCGCCCAACA